UAUGUAACUAUUCUCAUAAAUUAUUCAAAGGCCAAUAAUAAUUAAGUAAAGGUAGAGAGUGCGGCUAAUCCACAGCGAGCCUAACUCGGAAAAUAAGUGGCUUUAAUCAGUAUCUCAAUUAGUUAAAUACGGAGUACUUAAUUGCAGCAUAAUUGGUUUGCAAAGGAAGCUUAGUGAACAAGACCACGUGCGGGAAAUAACAAGAUUGAUAAGAUAAGAAAAGUAUUAUAUACUAUUAAUUUACUACAUACUAUUAGCUUGCAGGACAAGUCUUAUCAAUUGAUAAAAGGGGGCAGAAUCUAGGACUUCGCGUUCUCGUUAAGACAAGAGUGAAAACUAGACAGAGAAAGUAAAGAUCGAUGAGCUCGGUUGAAAAAGCGGCGGCGGUAGAGAAUGGAGAGUGGCGGCAACGACGGUUGGGCCCGAAACAAGGAAGUGUGUUCCCAAAGGAGAGAAAAUUGGUGAAGACAAUGAUCUUGGAGGCUCUGUUUUCAUCUCGCCCUUCUUUGAAGUCCAAGCAGAUAACAAAGCCGCCGUGUAGCAAGCGCGUCCAGCCCACGCUCCGGUAGCCUCCAAAUGAUAUUCUACUUUUUGUUGGAGUAAAGAAGAAAUCAAUUUGGAUCGGAAACUAGAACAAGUUAAAUUAGUCUUCUCCUCGUAAUUUCCUCUCCUCUCUCUGUCUCUCAUGUAAGAUCAUUUGCGUUCUUUGCUUUAUGUAAGAAAAAUAUAGAUGCAUGUGCUAUUAAUUUUGCUUGUUUCUUUGGGUUUACAUAUUUGAUUCCUCGUGUAUUCGUGUUAAUUUAAGAUUUAUAAUUUUACAACGUCUGAGAUUUAAGAAGCAUAUCUUUAUAUUCCUUUUUUUUUUGCUUAAAUUUUUGUUUCUUGAACAGAAAAUAUUUGUAAUUGUUUUAUUUUGGACAAGCAAUAUAUUUGUAAUUAUUUCUAUUGCAAUCAUUAAAAGAGAUUGAGAAACCUCAAAUGCUAAAAACAACCCUUUCAUUUUCAUUUAAUUGCCGUUUAAAACUUGGUCACACAAAUUAAUAAAAUAUUUAAUUUUUACAUAUUUUCGAAAUAAAAACAUCAUUACCAAUACAAUUAACCACAUUUCAACUAUUAGAAAACUAGAUUAGAAUAAAAAGUUAAAAAAAUUGCAUUCAAAUUAAAAAAAA